CGGGCGGGGCCGGGGCGCUGCCGCCGCCGCCCUCUCGCCGCAGGAGAGCUGCUUUGGAUUGUGACACACUUCAGCACUACAAGAAUCACAGUUUAGCAGCAAACAGUCGCUGCCUUCACGUGUUCUGAAACUACCAGCCAGCCUUUCUGGAGUCUUGCAUUAGCGCGAGUCCUUGGUGAAGGUUGCAUAUAUACAUGUUUUCAUGAAGAGAACUGAGAAGCCAGAAGGUUAUAGACAGAUGAGGCCUAAGACUUUUCCUGCCAGUAACUAUACUGGCAGCAGCCAGCAAAUGCUACAGGAAAUACGAGAGAGCCUCAGGAAUUUACCAAAACCCUCAGAUGCUGCUAAAGCUGAUCUCAGCAUGGGGAAGAUGUCAUCUGAAGAUCCUCGACAAGGUCGAAAUCCCCCCAAAUUUGUAACAUAUCAUAAAGUUUUGCAGGAGAUACGAAACUCACUGCUGCCCUUUGCAAAUGAGACUACUUCAGCUGUCAAAGGAACAUCAGAAGUUAAUCGACAAAUGCUGCAAGACUUACAAGCUGCUGGCUUUGAUGAGGAAAUGGUUAUACAAGCCCUUAGACAAACUAACAAUCGUAGUAUAGAAGCAGCCAUCGAAUUUAUCAGUAAAAUGAGCUACCAGGAUCCUCGUCGGGAACAGAUGGUUGCAGCUGCAGCAAGACCUGUAAACGCAGGUAUGAAACCACCAGCAGGGACUGUACAGCAGUCGGUUAACCGCAAGCAGAGCUGGAAGGGUUCUAAGGAAUCCUUGGUUCCUCAGAGGCACGGCCCUUCCCUGGCAGACGGAGUAGUUUAUCGCUCAGAAAGUCCCAGCUCUCAGCCUGAUGUGGGAAGGCCACUAUCUGGAUCUGGCAUUGCAGCAUUUGCUCAGGCUCACCCUGGCAAUGGACAGAGAGUGAAUCCCCCACCGCUCCCCCAGAUAAGGAGCGUCACGCCGCCUCCUCCACCUCCUCGAGGGCAGACGCCCCCUCCCAGAGGAACCACGCCGCCGCCACCUUCCUGGGAACCAAAUGCUCAGACAAAGCGUUACUCUGGGAACAUGGAGUAUGUGAUCACCCGUAUUUCUCCAGUGCCACCAGGUGCGUGGCAGGACGGUUAUCCACCUCCACCGAUGAAUCCACCACCCAUGAAUUCUUCUACUCAGGGUCAGAGAGGCAUGAGUGCUGUCCCCAUUGGAAGGCAACCAAUAAUCAUGCAGAGUUCUGCCAACAGCAAGUUUAGCUUUCCCUCAGGAAGGGCUGGAAUGCAAAAUGGUAAUUGUCAGGCAGAGUUCAUAGUUCACCAGAAUGUUGUGUCUGGGAACUCGGUUACUCGCCAGCCACCUCCAUAUCCAAUGAACUCAACUAAUAGGCAGAGUCCUACAGCACUACAAAUGCAGGCAGGGGGAUCUGCUCCCCCUUCAGCAUACACCAAUGGGAAUCUUCCUCCAACAAUGUUGGUGCCAAAUAGAAAUAGUCACAACAUGGAACUUUAUAAUACAAACGUGGCUGGAAUACCUGCAUCCUGGUCACAGCCUCCACCUGUGCAGCCGCAGUCAUCACCCGGCAAUGGGCACGAAAUCCCUGCAUGGCAACCCAACCUUCCAGCACGGUCGAAUUCCUUCAACAACCAUCACGGAAGUAGACAGAGUCACGCUAGCAGCUCUCAGCCUUCAGCCACUACAGUAACAGCUAUAACACCAGCUCCUAUUCAGCAGCCAGUGAAAAGUAUGCGUGUGUUAAAGCCAGAGCUGCAGACUGCCUUAGCACCAUCUCACCCUUCCUGGAUGCCGCAACCAGUACAAACCAUUCAGCCCAUUCCCUUCUCCGAGGGUCCAUCUACAAACAUGGCUGUUAUGCCACCUGUUGCAGAGGCUCCGAAUUACCAGGGUCCACCCCCACCUUACCCCAAACACUUGUUACACCAGAGUCCAUCUGUCCAUCCUUAUGAAACUGGACCCAAGCUUAGCAAAGAGGAACCACCCGUUUCGUCUAAGGAGGAAGAGAUCGAAAAGAAUUAUGAAUGUGUUGAUUCAGCAGACAAAGAAAAGAAACAAAUUACAACAUCGCCCGUUCCUGUCAGAAAAAACAAGAAAGAUGAAGAACGGCGAGAGUCUCGUAUUCAGAGCUAUUCCCCUCAGGCUUUUAAGUUCUUCAUGGAGCAGCAUGUGGAGAAUAUACUCAAGUCACAUCAGCAACGUUUACAUCGGAAGAAACAACUGGAGAAUGAAAUGAUGCGGGUUGGAUUGUCACCAGAAGCCCGAGAUCAAAUGAGGAAAAUGUUGUGCCAGAAAGAGUCUAAUUACAUUCGGUUAAGAAGAGCUAAAAUGGACAAGUCCAUGUUUAUAAAAAUUAAAACCCUGGGAGUUGGCGCAUUUGGAGAAGUUUGCCUAGCAAGAAAAGUGGAUACCAAGGCUUUAUAUGCAACAAAAACUCUAAGAAAAAAAGAUGUGUUGCUUAGAAAUCAAGUUGCUCAUGUUAAAGCUGAGCGGGAUAUCCUUGCGGAAGCUGAUAACGAAUGGGUGGUUCGUCUGUACUAUUCAUUCCAAGAUAAGGACAAUUUGUACUUUGUAAUGGACUACAUUCCUGGAGGUGAUAUGAUGAGUCUCCUAAUUAGAAUGGGUGUCUUUCCAGAAAAUCUGGCACGGUUCUACACAGCAGAACUGACCUGCGCAGUUGAAAGCGUUCAUAAAAUGGGCUUCAUCCACAGAGAUAUUAAACCUGAUAAUAUUUUGAUAGACCGCGAUGGUCACAUUAAAUUGACUGACUUCGGACUCUGUACAGGUUUUCGAUGGACCCAUGAUUCAAAAUACUACCAGAGUGGCGAUCAUGCCCGUCAGGACAGCAUGGAUUUCAGCAAUGAGUGGGGUGACCCAGCAAAUUGCAGAUGUGGAGAUCGGCUGAAGCCACUCGAACGUAGGGCUGCACGUCAGCACCAGCGCUGUCUGGCCCAUUCCCUUGUUGGCACACCUAAUUAUAUUGCACCAGAAGUAUUGCUGCGAACAGGUUAUACACAGCUGUGUGACUGGUGGAGUGUUGGAGUAAUUCUCUUUGAAAUGUUAGUGGGCCAGCCUCCUUUCCUGGCACAAACACCUCUGGAAACACAGAUGAAGGUUAUCAACUGGCAGACUUCCCUUCAUAUUCCACCUCAAGCUAAGCUGACUCCAGAGGCCUCUGACCUUAUUAUUAAACUAUGCCGAGGGCCAGAAGAUCGUUUAGGCAAAAAUGGUGCAGAUGAAAUAAAAGCUCAUCCCUUUUUUAAGACUAUUGAUUUUUCAAGCGAUCUGCGGCGGCAGUCAGCUUUCUACAUUCCCAAAAUCGCUCAUCCUACGGACACGUCGAACUUCGAUCCGGUCGAUCCAGAUAAAUUGUGGAGUGAUGAUGAUAAGGAAGGAAACGUAAAUGAUACGCUUAAUGGGUGGUACAAAAAUGGAAAACAUCCUGAACAUGCCUUUUAUGAGUUCACGUUCCGAAGGUUUUUUGAUGACAAUGGGUACCCGUACAACAACCCAAAGCCCAUUGAGUAUGAGUAUAGCAGUUCCCAGAACUCAGACCAGCAGUCUGAUGAUGAAGAACAAGCAGGUAGAGGGGUUCAGAAUCGUGACCUAGUUUAUGUUUAAUAGAGGAGUAAACACUAAAUAAACAGUUUAUUUUGCAGCUGACAUUUUUGAUAAGUGUUUUCUCUGAACAGACUUGAGAGAAGAUUGCUAGGGUGAAUAUAUGCACGUUCUUUAUUGUUAUUUUAAACACUAAGUUGUCUUUGCUUUCCAUCUCUGUACAUUUUCCAAAAUACAUUUCCAAAAUCCAGGAAAUUCCUUUUCAAAAAUUAAUUUAUUCCAACAUUGUCAAUUAUUUAAUUUAGAAGAGAUUCGAUGUUAGGUGAAAAAAUUAUCACUUGAAUUUUAUCAUUGAUCUCUGUACUCUAAGUACUUAAAAUAGGAAAUAGUGAUUUAUUUUUUUCACCCUGAAGUGAUGCCUGAUAUCUAUUUGUACAUAUACUAAAUAAUUUUAAAAAAACAAGUCUUUGCUUCAGAUUUUUUUAAUGACAGUUCUUCCUUUGCAUUGACCAAAUAUAAAACUAAAUUUACACUAAUGAAGCUACGUGAUAAGUUUGGCAGCCUCUUCCUCCCCUUCCCCAUACCCACACUGCUCACUGUAUUUAGUAUAUUUAUUCAGUGUUGGUGAAAACUGAGCCAUCUUAUCUGGUGAAACGUUUCCAGCUGCUGCAGUAAUGGCAUAGUUCUCAGCUUUCAAACAGGAAAGCGUCUUGGCUGUACUGUCAUUGUGAAGUGAUAAAGCGUUAGAAAUGGUCUUUAAAAUACAUAAUUGAAUUUGACAUUAGUAAUGCUGUAGUGUGUGAGCAGGGGUCCUCGCUCAGAAACAACUUGAUUGUCUCCUGUCAACAGCUCUCUUAUGGUUUUGAGAGGAAGCAAGCUUAAGGAAAAGUACUUUUUGAAAUCCAGUUUAAUUUUCCAGCUACAACAGAACUGUAAAGUGCAUUUUAAAAAAUAUGACUUCAGUUGGAAUUUCUAGUUUGAAAGCGAAAUUUUAGAAUAGUUUCUUUAUUAUAUGUUUGAAGUAAUGAUGAGAAAGAGCAGAAAUUAUGGCUUUUGAGACUUCUUGUAGGGUCUAGUUUCCCUUGCUUUUAAUGAGUUUCCUCCUAGUGACAGUGUGUGAGAAAUGUCAUGCACCCAAUCUGAUCUGUUAGUUUUCCUUCAUACAUUUUCAGUGGUUCAUCUUUCACAGCCCAGUUCAGAACAGAACUGGUAACCUGGGUCUGUCUGCUGCAUAUUCUGCAUUCCUGUUUCACAGCUUCCCACAGCAGGUGAACAGGUGAUUCUUUGGUCUCAUGGUGGGAGGGCGAUGAGCCUGCUGAGGUUGCCAGGAGCAGGAAGCAAGGCAAACCUGUGAAAAAAAUUCCCUGAGAGAACACCAGGAGUUUCAGGUGAGAGGCGGAAAGAAUUAUACUUUUAUUUCUCUCCAUCUUGCUCUAUUCUAUGAAUUCAACAGAGCAGUAAAUAAAAUGCACUAUUUGUAGUAAACUUCAUUCCUUUUUUUUUCCUCCAUCCUUCUUGGAAUUGAAUUCCAAUAGAUAAUUCCAAAUUUAUUGUAGUAAUGUACUUUAUAGUAUUAGUGCUUUCUUAAGUUAUUAUUUGGUGCCUCUGCAUUGUCCUUUUAUCUAUUCUUGCAGCAAACUUCAGUUACUAAUUCAGUUUUCUCACUAAACUGGUCUAAGAAAUUCUCGUGCACUUUCAGCUGUUUGUUGCCUUUCUGUGCUCAAUACCUGUUUUUGUGCCAGUGCAACCAUUUACAAUGCUAAUUAUUGGCUCGGUGUGAAAAAUGGUCUUUAGCAUCUGGACGGUUGUUGUAGUGUGUGUUCAUUGAAGUGAACCAGUGUGGUCCAAAAAAUGGCUUAUGAGGGCUGAGGGAGGAGUGAAUUGCGGUGAGUAAAAAGUGUGGAAACUUCAUAAACAGACUUUGUCACAAGAGGGUUUUUUUUAAUUCACCUUUCUCCUUAGAAGUGUCUAGAAUUAGGUGAUGCUUUAAAAAAAAAAAACCAACAAACAAAAAAAAGACAGUGCUUUUCGUAACCAGGUAGAUAUUUUCUACAGUGAAAAUGGGCUGUAGCUUAAUAAAAUAAUUCAUGUUCUGUCCAGCUGUUCUACAGCUGUUGAAACAGAACAGCUUUUAAGAUUAAUUUCAUUUAGUUUGAAUAUUAUAAAAUGGUUGCAGUGUAUAGCUACUCCAUUUUAUGUAAAAAAGAUGGUUUUCAAUGUAAAUAAACUUUUAAAGAUUAUCCUCUUUCAUAGUAAGUAUCCCAGUAAAACUGGUCUACUUUGCUUGGAGUAAAGUAUAAUAUAUUGCUAGUUAAAGGUAAUUUAAUGAAACCUACCUUACCAUUUGUGAAGUUUGCAGAGAAAAUAAUGUCAGUUCUUCAUUAUUAAAUUGACUGUUAAAAUUGCUUUUGUUUAUCUGAGUAUAUUUCUCCUUUGCUUGCUUUAUAUUAUGUUAUUAUAUUCCUAUUUAAUGUUGUUACUGCUGUCUAGCUAGCGAGUUUAAAAUACGAAAACAAACCCACCAAAAACAACAACCCAGAAGGGUCCUGCAAGGGCACGCGAUUCUGUAUGAGCAAAAACGAUGGCUUUUAAUAAAAGAAAUUGAGUGUUUUAAGGACAUGCAAAUACUGAAAUAUUAAAUAUUAUUUUACCAUUUUGAAACAAACAUACUAAGAGCUCACAUUUUUAGACUUUGGUAGAUGCUUCUAGCAUUUUCUGUUACCUUGUUAGAAGUUGUAAUAUUCCUUGUUUGAAUUUUGCCGUCCGUAUGCUAAAGCACUGUGUGUUUCUUUGCAAAAAUGCAGUGUGUUUCAGUCCGUGUUCUUCUCUGAAAAGAAAACGUUACUCAUGUAAUGAUGGUGCAACUCUCCAACAUACUAUGCCUUAUCCAUGUUUGAAACGUCACGUUUCACACACUUUGAGUCUGUUGAGAUUCUUUGUAGCUGCUGCUUAAAACAUGGGUAUUGUACUGGCUACACAUCUUGGGGAUUGCUUUAUACUGGCAGUAGAGAAAAGGCUCCUAAUCAGCAGCUGUGGAAUUAUGCAGUGAGUUUUAGUUCAGAUUACUUUUCUCUCUGUAAAGCAUGAAAACAGAUUUCUCAUAUGUGUCCUUGUAUACAUAUAAAUUGUAUUUAUAAAAUAUUCUAUAAUCGUAUACUGUAUUGUAAAUACUAUUUGAUAUUCAGUGGCAUUCUAUCCUAGGGCAGGCCCUCUUGCUGUAUCUUUUCUAUCCUCAGUUUGUAAUAGACUCUAUAGAAUAUAUGGCUAGGAAGUCACUGAGGCUGACUUGCCUUCUGCUGUUGCAAAGCUCAAAGCUGUGAGUGGGAAUAAUGUAGUCUCAUUUAAUAUUGUUUAGCUAAUAGGCAGUGCAGUGGAUGGGUUCUUAGAUGUUGCUGCUGUCACCGAAGAUACCGUUAGGCAUUGGUUUCGGAUGUCUUUGCCAUUUCAGAUCAGACGUUACAAUGUUUGCUUUAGUUCAGCCAAAGCAAAAAGAUGUUAAAUUGGGUCAACGUGAUAGUAAAACGUUUGAAUGCCUUAAGAUGCUCUUGAUAAAGGCACUAUUCAAGUUUACUGAUUUAUAUAUAUCUAUAUAGGCACAUAUAUAGAUAUAUCUAUGUGUAUAUGUGUGUAUAUAUAAUGUCUUUUUUGUAUUAUAAACAUCCUUCUGAUUGUCACAGUUCCUUUGGAUCUUCAAUUAAAAUACAUAGACCACUGCA